AUCGGAGACGCAGUAGUACAUGUGAGACAGAAUCGUCGUGUUAGAAGCUAGCUCGCAUACAGCAUGUAACUACGUAGGAUACAGGUAAGCUACGUUCGUAAAUACAUCGAAGUGGCAUGUCGGUGACGCUGACGCGAGUGGGCGUGACAUGUACGUACACGCAUUACACGCAUUCCUCGAGCAGUUUCUACACCGUGAGACUCCCCGAAGAACAGGCGAGUAUCCCGAGAUGGUGUAAGCUUCUCGAGAUUACGAUUCACGAGCCUUAUUCGUUUUUAAACGUGUCGAAGUCCGAAGUUGUGUUACUCGUACUUUCUUGAUAAAAAAAAAAAAACAUACAUAGGCGUAUAAAAAUAUUUCAGAUAAAAUACAAGAGAACAAACCAAACGUUCUUCUAUUUUAACUUAUUAGUAUUAAUACUUACUUAAUUUCUGUCUAAACGAACAAUACUCCUUAGAUUUACUUAUAUCCGAUCUAAUGAUAGUUAGUUUUUUCGAUUUUCGACGUUAAUCGACGAAUUAAAAUUUUCUCACAAAUUUGAUGCGGUCAAUAAAAUUUACGAUGAUACUUCCGCUAUUCUUUAUAUCGACAGAUAAAACGUCGAACAAUAAAAUUGAAGAAAAGGAUGAUGUUAGUGAGAGAGAAUAUGGAAUACGAUCGAACGUGGGGCAGGCCAGUUCUCGGGGACCCCCUGGUAAAGGAUAACAGAAGAUGCAAGAAGAAAUUGUCUCAUAUUGAAACCGCAAACAUAACUCUUUCGCUUCUUUGAUCUUAUGCGUUCCUCGUUAAAGGGGAGCGCUGCGGAGUGGCCGCUCCGCGCAUCAAUGCGCCCCACUAUUCUUCGCGCACUCGGAAACCGCGUACGUACGAAAGAGCCGCGCGUUUCUUCAUCCUCGAUCUUCAACUUUUUCAUCGAAAACACGAUCUUUCCAACGAAUUUAACGAUCUCUCUUUAACGUCCUCGGUUUUUUCACGUCCUCUCUAAAACAACUUUCCAACUCGAUUCGCACUACCUGCACGAUUUGUACCUUCAAAAAAGUUAAUAUUAUUCGAGCGCACUUUGAAUAACAAUGAAAAUAUUCCAAUUAAGAAAUUUCGAACUGCACUCGAAUCUCGGACUCGAUCAACUCGGUAUUGCUGGUUGUGGAAAUAACCUAAAAACAAUACCGAUCGUUCGUAUCUCGUUACGUCUAAUAAAUUGUUACUUUUAAAAACUCACAAAGAUAAUAUUUUUCUGUUUAAUGCGAUAGUAAUAUAUUUCUCAACGAAGUAACGAAGAAAUAUGAUGAUGAUAGAUUACGAUAAUAGACACCGAGUCUUGUUGCUAGUUGAUCCAUUGCAUCGACAUAAUCUUAAUUGUAAUGUAGAAAUAAUAAUACAUACUUUAAAUAUAAUUACGCAUACGAAUAUGAAUGAUUUCGAUCUUAAUAUACGUAGAUCGUUGUGUGUGAAAAUCUUAGUACCGAAAGAAUGCUAGAAGAAUAACAAUAAAAAUUAGGUUAGAAUACGUACGUUGUUCUCUCGAAGAGCAAAGAUGUUCACUCGUCAAGGUCUUCCGUCGAAAUGACUAACCAAGCGUCCGCUCGAGGUCAAGUGCCCGAUCCUGUUUUGUUUAUGUCCGUAGAGACGAUUCUAGCGUAUAUAGGUUAGUUUCUAACGGACUCAAAUGGAACUAAUUUCACUCAUUUAUCAAGUUUUCGGAAUCAAAUGAAGCAUUACGUUGCAAGAUAAUAAUAAUGUAAACAUAUAACUUAGUAGAAGUGUAUCAUCAUAGUAAAAACAUCUCCAUAUUCACAGGAAUUUCACGUUCGUUAUAACUUUCUCUCUCUCUCUCCCUCUCUUAUUUACCUAAAUUCUUCGUACAAUAUAAGGUAAAGGGAACAGCAGAAGAAUGUGUUACAAGGUAUAAGAUGACGAAUAUAAUUAAAAUUAGUACUUCUUCGAACACCUGUUGAUCGCUACUCACGCUUUAGUUUCCAUACUUUUCGAUGUUGCUUCAUAAGAGGUAGAUACACAAGAGGCAGACAUAUACGUGACAUCUCAUUUUAAAAGAGGAGUUCAUGAUUUUUUCUAUAGAGGGCAGUAAAAGAAAAAAGUCAGCGCAGGGGGUUGCAUGUGUCAUCAUAACCUCAUGAAUUUGCGUAUGCAGACCAAGUUCGUAGCUGAAUUCAUACUGAUUUCUAACGUGCAAUCGCCAAUCGACAGUUACUGCGAGAUAUCGAUGUUAAACGUCAAAGUAAAGAUGGCGUGGAUUUGUAUUGUGUCUGGUUUUUAAACUUUAUUUGAAUCUUAUCGAAACGUGACAGGAAGAGAGAAUAUAGUGGUUUGAUAUAUCGUUCAUAAAAAUCGAGAUCGCACAGAGAAUCUUUAACGAAAAGAAACGUAAAAACAUUUUUUGAAAGGUCACGUGUAACUUCGUCUACAAGUGGCAUUUUAUACUUAACCUAAUCUCGCGUGAACCUUGAACCAUCGUGUUUAAAUUGAUCCUAUGUACAGGAUCUCUAUUAAUCUUGAAGAAUCAACGAAUUUUUAAUUUAAACCUCUUUUUAUUACUGAGAUAGCGAAGACUGGUUCUUUAGGCAAAAGGAAGAGCCAGAGAUUUUGUUUGGAGUUAUAAUUAAAUUCACAAUUUAUUAAACAUAUUUUGAUUUAUCUUUGUAUCAAUAGACAGCUUCGUUUGAAUGUAGAAAAUAUAUGUAUUCGGGUGAAAUGCCUAAAAUAAAAACCAAGCAAACGUCAAACAAUCUAUGGAUAAGGCAACGCGAACUAGGCAUAAGGUUUCCUCUGGGGCAUAGCGAUCGUUUUCACAAAACUCUUUACUCUUCCAUUUUUCCCAUAACAUCUUGGGAUCAUGGAGACAACUUGGCUGUUGCCAGACACGGUGGUGUUUUUAAUUUGGAGUAUUCGCCUGAUGGAUCGCUUUUAUUGGCAGCAUGUGAAAAGAAAAGUAUUCUCAUGUUUGAUCCAUUAUGUAGGAAAUUAGUACGAGCUAUAGAUAAUGCUCAUAACGAUUGUGUGAAUUGCGUAAGGUUCCUGGAUCAACGGAUGUUUGCCACUUGUUCCGAUGAUAGUACCGUUGCUCUCUGGGAUGCUAGAAACUUGAAGCAGAGAAUAAGAACUUUGCAGGGACAUUCUAAUUGGGUUAAGAAUAUAGAAUAUAGCCCAAAGGAUGGUUUAUUAUUAACUAGUGGAUUUGAUGGUAGCAUAUAUACUUGGGAUAUUAAUAGUUUUACUGAAAAUAGUUUUCUUUAUACUCGUGUCUUUCAUACAAAUGGAUUGAUGCGAACGAGACUUAGUCCUGAUGCCAGUAAAAUGUUAAUAUGUACUACAUCUGGAUAUCUUAUUAUCAUACAUAAUCUGAAAUUAAGUACUCUUGCACAAGACUUGGCUGGAUUCAAGCCUAACAUGUAUCGACUGAUGCAAUUAUCUCAAACCACUAUACCGGUUGCUGCCACUUAUACACAUUUGUUUUCUCAUUCUCGUACACAUAACAGAGUAGAAUUCUUAACGGAUUUUCCUGUUGGAGAUGAUGCUGAAGUAAUCUCUAGUCUUCAAGUACAUCCGCAAGGAUGGUGUGCCUUGUCCCGAAAUAUCAGUAAUGGAGAAAAGUCAGAGUGGACUUGUAUUCAUGAUAUUCAAGAAAGAGACAUGUCCGAGUGUAUCGAUCAAGUGAAAGAAUCUGAAGAAACGUCUCAAUUCAACGAAUCGGCGAUCGAAGAAUUUGAAGAAUCACAACAGCCACAAUCUUCGCGUUCAGGAAUAACGUCGUCCUUCGUUAUUGAAAGCGCAAAUCGUGCGAGAGUCGUUCACACUGUAUCCGAUGUAAGGCAAAACUCGUUCGCCUCUUCGGAAAAUUCUCAACCGAUAACACCAUCGAGAGCAAUGAGUUGGCGAGAAAAUUCACGUCGUAACGUACGUUCGCAAUCGAGAAGCCCAAGGCCGGAAAGAAACUUCGUUAGGACGAAUUUCGGUUUAGUCGAAGUAAGCUCGAAUGUAAACGCGAACGAUUCUCGAACGAACGCGAAUCAAGAGGAGGAUAGACAAGAUGGUAGAUAUAUUGUUUCUGCGGAGGAUAAUAGCGAAACCGCGAACGAUGAGUCGGCGGAUGAUCGAGAUAGAGACGGAGAACAAGAAUAUAGAUCGCAGAGAUCGAAUUCUCAAUUGAACGAUUUAAGAAGACGCAACGUAAUCGAUAACUUUUCUACUGCCAACGUAGAAUUGUACGUCAAUAAUAGCGACGUUUGGGAAGCUCUCGUAGCAAUUAGAGAAGCUAGACUUCGGAGGGAUCGCGAGAGAGAAUUUUAUCCAGCCACCGAAAGAAGAGAUUGGUUAUCUAGAUCGAGUAAUGGCGUAAGCGUUAAUAUCCCUCGCUCGUCCCAUACCGUCGUUAUAAUCGGCGAUAGAACUAGGGCGCAAAAUCAGAAUAGGCAGGGCCAACAAACGAUGUACGCGAUACCAAGAAAUCAUAAAAUACAUCAGAAUACACCGAGAUUAACUCAUUACAUAGAGGAACCGAACGUGGGUUCUGGUUAUAUCAAGGAAUUGUGUUUCUCCGCGGACGGUAGAUUAAUAUGUUCGCCUUUUGGUUAUGGCGUACGGUUCUUAGCGUUCUCCAGCGAUUGCGCCGAAUUAUCUAAUUGCGUUCCUCCGGCUAACGAGCCUAUGCAACUUUGCGAAGUAGCGACUAGCCUCAGUCACGGUGACAUUGUAGUUAGCACGAAAUUUUCACCAAAGCAUUGCUUAGUCGUCUCGGGUUGUCUCAGUGGAAAAAUAGUUUGGCAUCAGCCUGUACUUUAGUCGAAUCUAUAUUCUUCGACAAAAUUGAUAACUUUUUACAAUAUUAGAGGAAUUGCGCUUCUUUUUCGUAGAUCCAUUUUGUCGUUUGCUUUAUACCGAGCAACGCUUUCUUCAUUGACUUUAUUUUAUUUUAUUUUUUUUCUUUCGUUUUCUCUC